UUCUGCAGAGAGAGGGGAAAAGAAGAUGCUGCUUUUGCUAUUGAGAGAGAAAUAAUCACAAUGUUGCCAUCUCAUGAAUUAUUAAGCAGCCCCCGGCUUCUUUUGGCACUGGUCUAAAUGCUGCAUUUUUAUCCAUGGGUCUGAAGCGGAGAGCAAGGGUGUUUUUUUGACAGCUGUAUUACUGCUGAUAAGCAAGACUCAGCUAGCUGAUCAAGUAGUGAGACAAGAAGCUAGAGCAGGCACUGCAAGCAGCCGCACAGUUCUCUUUUUUUUCUUCUUGUAGUUGGGAUCUGUUUAGAAGACAAAAGGUAAGGGGAGAAAAAAAAAGCAAGGCUGAUAGCUGUUAUCAAAGUAACCAGACGCAGACCUGGCUGCCCACAUGCCGAUCGAAUUUGUUUGCAAAAUUAAAUUUACAGAGGAGGAUGAGAAGCAGAAGGGAAAGCAGGAAGGGGACAAGGAGAGCCUGAUUGAGGAGACCUGUACACCCCCAACCAAGGACCUGGCUGGCUUUGCAAACUCCUGCACCCUUCACGGGAUUAAUCAUAUCUUUGUUUCAGGGCGGCUAGGCAUCAAGCAGACCCUUUGGGCGCUGACCUUUCUGGUGUCUCUAGCAUUGUUUUUCUACCAGGCAGCUAAGUGUGCCAUGUUCUACUUGGAGCACCCCCACGUAACGGCACUGGAUGAGGAGGCUAGCCGGGAGAUGGUCUUCCCUGCCGUGACCAUCUGUAACAUCAACCGCUUUCGCUUUUCUGCACUCACCGACGCUGACAUUUACCACCUAACUAACUUGACUGGACUACCCCCAAAGAACAAGGAUGGGCACAAAGCCACAGAUUUGGUGUACCCUGACCCCAACAUGGAAGACAUCUUUAACAGGACAGGGCACCAGAUGGAGGACAUGCUGAAGAGCUGUAAUUUUAGCGGGGAGAACUGCUCUGCCAAAGACUUUUCAGUGGUGUAUACAAGAUAUGGGAAAUGUUACACUUUCAAUGCAAACAAAUCAUUAUCAUCAAAGAAAGCAAAGCAAGGUGGUAUGGGGAAUGGCCUUGAGAUAAUGCUGGACAUUCAACAAGAAGAAUACCUGCCCAUCUGGAGAGAAACAAAUGAAACAUCAUUAGAAGCAGGGAUCCGAGUUCAGAUUCACAGUCAAGAUGAACCUCCUUACAUCCAUCAACUCGGGUUUGGGGUUUCACCAGGAUUUCAGACAUUUGUUUCAUGUCAGGAACAAAGGCUGACAUACCUGCCUGAGCCCUGGGGAAAGUGCCGCCCCACUGCAGAGCCUACCAUUCCCGGGUUUAACUACAGCAUCAGCGCCUGCCGCCUCAAGUGUGAGAAAGAGGAAGUGUACAGAAAAUGCAGCUGCAGGAUGGUUCAUGUGCCAGGUGAUGAAAAAAUCUGCUCGCCCCAUGAUUACACAGAAUGUGUUGACAAUGCACUAACUGAAAUUAUAAAGAACACUGAAGAGGCCAGCACUUGCACUUGUGAAACUCCAUGUGACUUGACCCGUUACGGGAAGGAGAUUUCAAUGGUAAAAAUUCCCAGCAAAGGAUCUGCUCGCUACUUGUCAAAAAAAUACAACCACUCUGAGGAGUACAUCAGAGACAAUUUUCUGGUUUUGGAUAUUUUCUUUGAAGCCCUUAAUUAUGAAAAAAUUGAACAAAAGAAAGCAUAUGAUGUGGCAGGCUUGUUGGGUGACAUUGGAGGUCAAAUGGGAUUGUUUAUUGGGGCAAGCAUUCUUACAAUUUUGGAAAUACUGGAUUACAUCUUUGAGGUGGCUAGAGAUAAGUUUCACAAGCUUGUAAAACCUCGGAAAGAUCGCACCAAGGAGCAGUCUGACAGAGUAGUAACAUUGGGGUUGGAUAAUGUGAAAAACCCAGAUUCUUGUGAAACACAGAGAAACCACCCAGGAGGAGAGUACUCUGGCACUAUACUCCCUAACCACCAUCACCAACACUCUCACCGUGGGGUUUUUGAGGAUUUUGCCUGUUGAAACAACAGGAAUUAUGGCAUCAACAAGCACUGUUUUCAUGCUGGAAUUGGGCCUUAUUACAAGCCUUUGGACUUAAGAUAUCACAUACCUUUUUGCUGUCAUUAGUGAAAGCUACAGCCAAAGUCUAGCACCAAGCUUGUGCUGCAAACAGACCUCUUUUACAAAGGCACAGAUUGGAUUACACCAAGUGAUCCUACUGAAGAAAUCUACCUUUUUUGAAAAAUAAUAUAUUAGUUAUUUACCAUUUCGAUACCAUAAAUAUUGUUAUGGUCAGCAUUAAGUAUCAAGGAAUAGUCUGUACUUUAAAUGACCCUUGAUCUAUAUUUAUUGCAGACAGUAGUUAUUGUAAUUCCUUCUUUGCAUAUUUAUGGAAUUUUUUGUACUUUUAUUAUUUAGUAAUUUAAGUACCUUAAGUGAUUUUGUAGAGGUUCAUGUAAAGUAUAUACUGCCCAUGUGCAUUGUUCAGAUGGAGAGGAAAAGUAAAAUACUCGCUUCGAGAGUCAUAAUGCUGACACUCAAAAAGAAAGCUGUGGACUACACAAAACAAUGGAGAUAAGAUGUUCUGCAUUCUAAAUUAAUCAAAGUACUGAAAUACUUUCUUUUUAUUUUGUUUCUGUUGAAAAAUGUUUCAGAUCUGAUUGAUCUGCCCAUGAAAAAAAGAAACAAAAUCCAUGCAGAUAAUUGAGUUCUACGAAUUGCAGUUAGUUUGAAUGGAAGAGGUAAUUUACAAGAAGGAUCGAAAGGUAGCAGCAUGGGGAUUAUUGGGGUUUUUUGCACUGUAGCAGGAUGGUGUCAGAAAUAAGAGUCUGGAAAAGCUGCAGUUUAAGCAUGUAUGUGCACGUUUAAUUGACAAACAGAAAACCAAGGAACAAACAAACGUGGCAUGAGGGCCAAAAUAAAGAUUCAAACAAAACAAGCAAACACAGGCUCACCAUUCGCCUUCACUACUCACUACACACACCUAACUCCCUUCUCCUGCGCAAAGCACUUCUUGUAUACAGGUGGCCAUUCUCCAAUUAGCACUCUAUUACCUAAUUGGAGAAUGGCCAACCCGUGAUUGUUGGCAGGGACAGAAUUAACCCCAUUCCUGCCAACCUUACAUUCCCGUACACACUAUUUACACAAGCAGGGCUUUUGCCUUGCCACACAGUCAAUUAUCAAAUUGUUGUCCAAAUAUGUCUGAGUGUGCCUGAGACAUGAGUUUUGAACAAUUUCUAACAUUGUAGGUAUUACAAAUUAUCCUUGGGAAGAAAAUAGGUAAUUACAGUAAUGGACGACUUUUGGGUCAAUCUGUAUAAAGAUGAGCUGGUUAAAUGUAUUUGAUUUAGGCCCUUUCAAAGUCCUAUUUUGUUAAGAGAAAAUGUAUAAAUAGAAUUAUAUGAAUGAAUUAAUGGGUGAAAGGGUAGUGAAUUGAAUUAAUACAUUUUACUUGAACCCAUCCUUCAUGUGAGCAUUAGUGGUAGCAUUCAACAGAUACAUACGAAAAACAGAAGCCUAUUGGUAAUUUUAGAAGUUUCACUCUUUCAGUAAAUUAAAUUGUCAGUCUGAACAAUUUCUCUGUGCAUAUCAAUUCAGAUUUACUACCAGUGACACUUGUUUAUACAGAUCUUUGUUGGAAGCAGGUCACACAAAGUAGAUAAUAAUCAAGGGUGAAUGGAAUAGUCAUUUUUCCAGCCUCAAUUUUCCAGAUGUGAGUGUUAUUUUUAUCAAUUUGGCAUGAAUUAUGUAUUUUUAUCAUCCUUAUUUGUUUACUAUAUGGCUGAUUAAAUGAGAAAACAGUAUAGAUCUGUAGAUCAUUAUAAACAAACAUAGCAUGUUUAUCGUCAUAUACACUGCAUUUUAACAUUUAGAAAACAUAUACGUGAAAGUCUAUAAUGGCACAAUAUAUUGUCUAUGCAUAUUUAAGUAAUUUCAUCAGAAUAUAAUCACAUCUUUCUUUCAGAACAUAAAACACUAAGGUAGACAUAAUAAACUAGCUGAACAAUAUUGUGCUUUCUGUUGGGUAUUCACCACCUUCCUUUUGGAAAGACCUUUGGUCUGUCCUCUCCGAUUCAGCAGUUUGUGGUAUACAUUUAUAGUGCACCAUAAUUUAUUAAAAUACUUUAUAACACAAAAAUCACUGCCUAGGUACAAAAAUGGGUUUACACAUCCAAACUAGUCAUUAAUACUGAUUUAACCUGUUCUUGAUUAUUGUACAGAUUAUUUGAUAAAACACAGUUAUUGAACCUUGAUCAUAUUUCUAGGACAGUAGUUCAAUGGUGUAAAAUGUGUAUGUGUUUUCCUUCUGCUCUUGGUUGAAAGUUUGUAUUUAUUUAUGAAUUUGUGAAUUCUAUGGUUGUUCACUCAUUUUUGUGCUGCUUUGUUUAUAGGUUGUGAUCCCUACAGUUCAAGUUGCACAAAUUGUAUUAUCCACCAACUAUUCGUGCAUUUUUGUCAAUCUUUUUAUGUACUUGUAUAUUGUCAUUUACUGAUAUUUUAGAAAGUACAGUAAGACUGAAAUGGUUGUAGCUAACCAAAUAAUGUCAUUCAUUAUACUUGCUGUGCACUUGUAUUCACUGACUAGGUCUCAAAUGCCAGUUUUGAAAGAACCACAUACUACAGAAUAUUAUUUACAUUUUAAACUGAAAGAUCUUCGAAAGAAGGGGGCUCACUUGGGCAAUUAAGAGGCAAGCUGGUUUGGUUUGCACACCUUCAACCUAGUACAGUCCAGAUAUAUUCCUUUAAAAUAAAAAAGUGUUCUUUUUAAAACUACACAUGUGAGACCAUUAUAGUAGCAAAUGGAAGUGCAUGACAGGUAAGAUCUAUGGAGUUCUUUACUUCACUAGAAACAAUAAGCAAGAAACUGUAACAGAGCAGAUAUUUGUGGGGGCACACAGGAUGUUACUGUGAAGACUGAAAUUAAGACUACUUAAACUAAAUACGUCUUUUAAACAGAGAAAACUAAAUCAAAACAUCUAAUGAAAGAAAAACCAUGGAAUGGUAAUUGCAGGAAAUGAUAAGUUAAUUAUGUACAGGAGUCUACUGUUAUUUAUUAAACACGUUUUAUAAAUGUAAUGGCAAUUAAAAAAAUAAACACAUAA